UCUACAGACCACGGGCGCGGAAGGGCGGGGAGUCGCGGAAGGGCGAAAGGAGGCGGCAGUAGCAGCAGUAGCAGCGAGUCGUCUGGGGCACUACUUGAACGUUCAGUUUAAUUAAAAUCGUUCCCUUCAAUCUACUCGUCAACGAUGGCCGGAGUGAACUCGCUGGACGGGGUGAAGAUGAAGAUCAAGACGCUGCAGCAGCAGGCGGACGCGGCGGAGAGCCGCGCGGCCGAGCUGGAGCGCGCCGUGCGGGCCGAGGAGUCGGUGCGAGCGCAGGCGGAGGCGAAGGCGGCGCAGCUGCGCGACAUGAUUGCGGAAAAGGAGGAGAAGCUGGACACCACGCUGGAGCAGCUCAACAGCGCGCUGCGGCGUCUUGAAGAGGCCGAGAAGGUGGCGGACGAAAGCAAGCGGGGCACGCGUGUCAUCGAGUCGCGCGCUGUCAAGGAGCUGCAGCGUCUGGGGCGCCAAGAGGACCAGCUGCGCGAGGCCAAGAUGAUCGCGGAGAACGCUGACCGCAAGUUUGAGGAGGCAACUAACAAGUUUGUCCACCUGGAGAGUGAAAUGGAUAAGUUGGACGAUCAUGCCAAGCAUUCAGAAUUCCGUGCCAAGCAGCUGGAGGAGGAGCUCAGAUUAAAGUCUGCACAGCUACAGUCACUGAAGGCGGGCGAAAAGAAGUACGUGCUGAAAGAGAACAAGUGCGAGGAUGAGCUGAAGAUGCUGCGCUCAAAGCUGCGAGAGUACGAAAACCGUGCUGACGUCGGGCAGAGGAACGUCACCAAACUGGAGCAGCAGGUGGACUACAUGGAAGAGCAACUGAUCAAAGCCAAGGAGGAAAACAUGGAAAUCAACAGAGUCCUCGAUCAAACACUCAACGAGCUCAACAGCAUCUGAGCUGCAUGCGUGCUGUGUGCUUGGUGCGUGCUUGGUGCGUGCUGCGUGCUUGCUGCGUGCUUGCUGCGUAUUUGUGUGCGUGCUGCGUGCUUGCUGCGUGCGUGUGCUGCAUUACGUGAGCCCCUGCACGCACUUCAAACACAGCCGCCUCUUCAUGCGACCAGAGGAGGCUUCGGAAUUUAAACGCUCUAAUUGCGUUAAUGUCAAAUAUGCUUGAAAAAAUAAAUGUGUGCACCCACGUGCUGCUGCUACAUGCUGCAGGGUGGCAGCGCAGUGGUAACACUCGUGCCUAACAGCAAGAAGGACCUGACGUUGAUUAUCGACUCGGGCGCGUGGAGUUUGUAUUUUCUCCCUCUGUUCUGCAUAUGGGUUUCUACCAGCUUCUCCAGUGUCCACCCAUAGCUAAAAUAACCACGCAAUGUAACUGACAUUGGCCAAACAGCCCAUUGCUGAAAAAUUAUCUACAAAUAAUUCGAUUGGGAUUGCACACAGAGCAACAUUACCCCUGCUGUUAAAAACGUGGUAGGACCCUGAGACUCGGCGAAGCGUUCCUGGAUAAACAAUGGCCAUAAUAACUCAUAAUAUGACGUAGGUUUUUUCGCGGUUGUGCUGUACAGCUCUCUGCAUGAGGGUUGAAUUGGUCAGUUUUCCCAAGCGCGAUGUGUAGAAUUGCAGCGCGUUUUCUUGAGGCCCCGUCCUGAUGGCAUUGUGGAAAAUUACCCAUGAUGCCCUCUGGCAUCGGUGCGUGUUGCUCGACACGAUCACCUUGCAUCCUACAGUAAAGCAACAUGAUUGUACAUCAAUGAACGCGUUAUUUAGGUGUCACGUACGAUCAUUUUGAUUCGAUCACUCCCCUGAAGUCUCAUGCAGUCGUUUUUUAAAAACAAUUCCAAAGCCUCCUCUCAUCGUUUCGUGAUCGGGUUAAUCAUCGUCAGUCACAUGGCAGGGACCAAUGCUCUAAAGUCAUAUUUCCCUUCGUCUAUGCAUCGGAUUUUUGUAAUUUUUUUUGAGUUUACGUUUAAAAGUACAUGCCUGAAAUAUAGUGCCAUUACAAGAGAUCUUGGUAGGAUUUCUUAAACUUUCCCUGGACCUUGUUUUAAUAACCACAGCACCCUGCCGUGCUAUGUGUUUUUUCAUAGUGUGCACAGUGUCACGUUUUGUUGGCUCGUAGAUUCCUUGACAUCUAGAAAUGUCCCAAUACUAUAUUUGCGCAGAGGUGUGUAGUGCAUUGCAUCCCUAACCGCUGUGUACUGUGUUUAAUUGCCAUCUGAUAUUGAUUAAAGUUUGUAUGCCAAAAUAAUGUUUUUAAUGCCAGCGAAACGAGAGUUUCGUUUCCCAAACAAGGCUCAAUCCCUGCAUUGUGCAACAUUUCCACAGUUUCACUCUCGACAGUUUUCAUUUGUUAAGGCUGCAGUUUAGUGCAAAACAACCAAAGUAAAUGACUCUGCAAGGUGCACUUGGUGUCUGCAUGACGCUGCACCUCGUUACACAAACACGACACGUGCUGCGUCUCGGUGCAUCGAUCUUGAGUUGUGCAUUUUCCGCAUUUCCAUUUGAUUCAGUGUUCGGCACAUUUAAUCGUCUAUGAGCCAGAGCAGAGAUUGGUAUCACCUACGGUAGCAACACCUCAGCAAUGCGUUUAUACGGUCCAUAAAAGUGAAUCACUUGAUCUGUUUUUACCAGAUACUUUUUUUAACUCCGAAAUUAUGCCCAUUAUUUCAUGACAUACUUUCCAAAUGCACAGCGUUGCGUGCUAAAAUAAAUGCGUGACCUUAGCAGCUAUUGCAACAUCCAUCCCCUGUGAGCGAUUAACUUUUAUUACCUUUCCAAAACAGCGUGGUUAUCGCGUAGCCUUAAACGUGCAGUGUACACGCCCGCUGAGACGCAUCGGCUGCUGUGGGUAACUUCAGUCGGGCAGCGGUGAUUUUAGCAGAAAUGCUUUCCCAACAGAAAAGCUGAAAAAUUCACAGCUCUGGUUCUUGUGGUGUCUCUGUUUAAUUCUGUGCUGUAGGGGUUUUUUUUGUCGUGCGAUCGCUUGCAACGUGCAAAUUGGAAAGUGGCGAAUUUUAAUCUGGUAACUUGACAUUCUGCCAAUAACCUUUAAAAACACCCUCGCUUGUUUCUGAAAUGCCAUAUACUGUAGUUUUACCAUGUUGAGACCGGAUCUGCCUGAUGUAAAAUUUCGACAUCGCAUCAAAAACCUGUAAUAAGUUUGAAUUGUAUAUAAGGAACUGUGUAUGGAACACUUAUGAAAUCCCUAAAGUUUGCAAGCAGAGGUUUUGCUAAAGACGAUGCUUAUUGGAACGGGUAAUGGAAAGGAACCAAUUUAUAUUUAAGUGCCUUAUGCGUUUAUUUUCAAAUUUGUCUUUGUCUUAAGAAUCAAAAACUCGUCUACAUCACUUUUCUUUAUAAAAUGUUAGUGUUCAUUCUCUUGAACUUGAUGCCACCCUGCCAUUGUUGAGUUUUAGUACUUUGUGGGGAUCUGGCCGAGUUGCCUCGGCGAGCGUUGCGUGCAUUUUUAAGCCUCUAUGGGUCAUAAUGGCUGGAUUCUUAUACACGGCUCUGGCUCAGCCAUCGCUCAGGUACGGCUUGGGCUCGAGCCCCUCUGUUGCUUACAAACAGGCAUGAGUGGAUCAUCCGUGGCCUGACUCAGGCUCAGCUCAUGGGAAUGCUGGGCAUGGCUGGGACCUUGCACAUAGGCAGGUCACGUUAAGCACGGCUUCGAGCCACGACUCACUUGAGCCAAGUCUGUCGAGCCCGUGAGAAAGGCCAAGCACACGUAUUGCAGUUGAAUGUGCCAACAGCCGACACGCAUCGGAGCCACCUCGUUCAUCAUCGGCAAUAAGUGUUAUUUAUAACGCGAACAAAGCAGAGAGGCGACAUUUAAAUAGCUGCCAGCGUUAUUUGUGGCUUUCUAUGCAAGUGCCUGCCAUUUUAGGCACCCAAAUCAAAAUAGAGCUCCACCAGCGUUCCCAGUUGCAGGUAAAAUUAAAUCGCAAUUACCCCAAUGUCACCAGAUAACUCUGCACGUCGAAUAAUCGCCACCAUUCUGAGUGCAGCAUUGGGUUCGGAGCAUAGGGAUAUCGGCGGCACAAUCCCCUAUGUGUAAUGAACAUUCAUAUUAAGCAGUUGUACUGUAACGGUCUAUAUACACAACGGAUGCCAUAUGAAGCCCGUUAAGGCCAAACAUGUUUUGUUUUGAAUUUGUACGGUUGCUCGAAGUACAGUAAACAAAAUUGCCAUUGUCAAUAUAACCGUCAACAAAUAAAGCAUGUAAUGAUUUGUCUCUUAAUCAACUCGUGAACGUUCAUUGAACCGUGCCUGUAGGAAUCGAUCACAAUUACACUUUAAUGCAAGUAAGCAAAGAGAAUGCAAGUCAACGCAAAAUAACACAAAUCAUUCUUGAGCAAUUUGCGAUCUAUCAUUACACGCAGCGAUGAGUAUCAUCAGCCAUAAACAUUUAACUGCUGGAUGAAGGCCCCCGCUAGCCGCUGCCACUUAUCGCGAUCCAGCGAUGCAACAAUCCAUCUAGCACCUCCACACGAGCUGAUUUCAUCACUCCAGUAACGAGCGAAGCACUUUAAAUCACUUGCACUGGUAGUGCUGAAUGUUUUCACAAAUCAACCAAUGACUGCCACUGAAAUUGCUCAAGUUGGAUAACAAUUGAGCAAUUUGACAGACAUGCAUGCAGGCCAGGUGCCAAAUCACCUGCCGCACAGGGAGAGCAGUCGCUGGGGGUGCCCAUCAAAUGUUUUUGAUUAAAUGUCAGGUGCUUUGAGUUACCGAGGCCAUAUAAAUGCAAAAGUUAUUCCCAGUCCUGCCAAAACAAUCAUUUAAAACGUCAACUUCAUUUAGUUUAAAGUUGAGUGCGCUUGGCGUCCCAGAGCGUUGGGAAUUAUUUUGUUGUGUUUAUCUCUGCGGGGUGUAUUUUGUUUCAUGGUAACAACACAGACGCACCAGCUGACCUGUCUGAACGCGCUUACACGUUGCGCGUCGGAAAUCAGCGUUCGGAUGAGGUUCUCGCCUGAAUGUAAAAUUGCUGCUUGAAACGUGACAUUGCCAGGAAUGAUUCGAGAACGAUCGACCGUUUGAGAUGAACGUAGAUCAUGCAGCUGAAUACUUGCAUCGUUAAUUGCUUGCAACUGGAUUGAUCGCUACCUCCUGAUUACUCACGAAUCCAGAGACAUCUCCUGAAGCCAGCGACCAUCGGCCCUUGUCUUGUGCUCGGCUUUUUAUCGUGUCCCGUGUUUGGGGGGGGUGCCAUAUGUAAUGUUUCGUAUUCUAAAUAAAAAAUAUAAAAGUCGUGUUAAACGCA